AUGGCCUCCCUGGGGAGAGAAAUCGUCCUGGAGACCCUCUUGGGAUAUGUUUCCUGGUCUCUGUAUCAAGAUUUGGGACCGAUGAUCUACUACUUUCCCUUGCAAACACUAGAGCUCACUGGGUUUGAAGGGUUCAGUGUAGCUGUCCUUGCUCCAGUGUUCCUGACCCUUGCCUCUGUCUGGACCUUGGUUAACAAGAAAUGGGUAUUAUCUCUGCUGCGGAUAAUUACUGUGGGCAGCCUAGCCUCCUUCCAGGCUCCCAACGCCAACCUCCGGCUGGUGAUCCUUGCACUCGGUGUGUCAUCCUCGUUGUUGGUGCAAGCUGUGACUUGGUGGUCGGGAAGUGCUUUGCAAAGGUAUCACAGGCUCUGGGGAUUCAUUUUAGGGCAGAUUCUUCUCCUGGUGCUCCGUAUAUGGUACACUUCACUCAACCCAGUCUGGAGUUACCAAACAUCCAACAAAGUGAUCCUGGCAUUAAGUACCAUAGCCACACUGGAUCGCAUUGGUACAGAUGGUGACUAUAGUAAACCUGAAGGAAGGAAGACCCGCAAGGCAGUCAAGGGGGAGGCCUCCAGAUCCAACUGGGUGUUGGCAGGGGCUGCCUUUGGUAGCCUUAUGUUCCUCACUCACUGGGUUUUUGGGGAAGUCUCUCUUGUUUCCAGAUGGGCAGUGAGUGGUCAUCCCAAUACAGGACCAGACCCUAACCCAUUUGGAGGUGCAGUUCUGUUGGGCUUGGCAAGUGGAUUGAUGCUUUCAACAUGUCCAUGGUCUUAUGCUCCUGGUUUAAUCUGGUGGGCCACAGGAAUGGCUUCAGCUGUGGGACUCCUUUACCUGCCCACGUGGGCAGCAGCUGUGUCCGGCUGUGUGCUGGCUGUCUUUACUGCAUCCAUGUGGCCUCCAGUACUUGGACAGUUUGUUAGCUCAGGGACAAACCCUGGGAAAACCAUGACCCUUGCCAUGAUAGUUUAUCUUCUCGAGAUAUUCUUCUGUGCCUGGUGCACGGCCUUUAAGUUUGUCCCAGGAGGUGUCUAUGCUAGAGAAAGGUCUGAUGUGCUUUUGGGCACCAUAAUGGUAAUUAUUGGGCUAAAUAUGCUAUUUGGUCCAAAGAAAACCCUUGACUUUCUUCUUCAAACAAAAAACAAUCCAAAAGAGAUUUUCAGAAGAAGUGAAAAAUACAUAAGACUUUUUUUAUGGCUGCUUGUCGGUGUGGGGCUGUUGGGAUUAGGACUACGGCUAAAAACAUAUGAGAGAAAGUUGGGCAAAGGGGUCCCAGCCCAGGAGUUCUCUGCUGCCAUCUGGCCAUUCCGGUUUGGAUACGACAACGAAGGAUGGUCCAGUCUGGAAAGAUCAGCCCAGCUGCUCAGGGAAACUGGUGCAGAUUUCAUAACAAUUUUGGAGAGCGAUGCCUCUAAGCCCUACAUGGGGAACAAUGACUUGACCAUGUGGCUAGGGGAGAAGUUGGGCUUCUAUACAGACUUUGGUCCGAGCACAAGGGAUCACACCUGGGGGAUUAUGGUGUUAUCAAGAUUUCCAAUCGUGAAAUCAGAGCAUCACCUUCUUCCGUCACCAGAGGGCGAGAUCGCACCAGCCAUCACGCUGACUGUGAACAUCUCCAGCAAACUGGUGGAUUUUGUUGUGACUCACUUUGGGAAUCACGAAGAUGAUCUUGACAGGAAACUGCAGGCUAUUGCUGUUUCAAAGCUACUGAGAAACAGCUCCCAUCAAGUGCUAUUUCUGGGCUACAUCACUUCAGCACCUGGCUCCAGAGAUUAUCUACAGCUCACUAAACAUGGCAAUGUGAAGGAUAUUGACAGCACAGAUCUUGACAGGUGGUGUGAAUACAUCAUGUAUCGUGGGCUGAUCAGGUUAGGUUAUGCCAGAAUCUCCCAUGCUGAGCUGAGUGAUUCAGAAAUUCAGAUGGCUAAAUUUAGGAUCCCUGAUGACCCUGUUAAUUAUAGAGACAACCAGAGAAUGGUCAUAGAUCACAGGAAAGUUCCCGAAAAAGUCCAUUUCAAUCCAAGAUUUGGAUCCUACAAGGAAGGACACAAUUAUGAAAACAAUCAUCAUUUUCAUAUGAAUACUCCCAAAUACUUCUUAUGAACUAUUUAAAACCAGAAGUGGUUGGCUAAAAAUCUAAGGGAAAAUAUACAAGAAGAGUUUAAUGACAAUUGGACAAUGUACUCAAAGAACCUCAGCCUUCAAAAAUAUGGUAUCUAUACAGUAUAAUUCUAUCACUCUAUAAAAUAUGUCCUUCAAUAAAAGCAUUCCUC